ACACACACACACACACACACCGAGCCAUGGAGGUGAUGGAGCAGCAGCAGCGGCAGGUGGAGGAGCAGGUGGAGAGGCUGCUGAGCGGUCAGGGGUCAGAGGUCACCGGGUGUGACGUCGCCUUGGACCAGAGCAAACCAGCCACCCUGAGGAAGAACGUCACCUUCAUCGUCUGCGGCGUCAUCUUCAACGACAAGGAGGAGGUGCUGAUGGUGCAGGAGGCGAAGCAGGAGUGUUAUAAGCAGUGGUACCUGCCUGCAGGGAGGGUGGAGGUGGGAGAGAGCCUGGAGGAGGCACUGAGGAGGGAGGUGAAGGAGGAGGCAGGGUUUGAGUGUGAACCAAUCACCUUGCUGCUAAUCCAAGAGCAGGGACCACAGUGGAUCCGCUUCAUCUUCCUGGCUAAAAUCACAGGUGGGACCAUGAAGAGUCUGGCAGCAGCAGAUCAGGAGUCUCUUCAGGCCGCCUGGUGGGACAGACAGUCUGCUCUUCCUCUGAGAGGACGAGACAUCCUCCGUCUCAUCGAGUCUGGACUCAAGUACCAUCAGUCUCCCUGGCAUCCUGUCACAUUACCUGUAGACCUGAGCUGCCGUCACGUGCUGCAGAGACUCGUCCUGGUCUUCACCAACGCCGAGCAGAAGGUCUGGAUGCUGCUCAUCAAAGCCCCGGUGCUCCACCUGCCCACAGCGGCGGCGGUGAAGACCCACGUGGUGACGUGGGCGGCCAACAUGGUGGUGCAGGAAGCGAUGCCAUCAGCGUACUACGACCACGAAGUCAACACGCUGGGCGUCUUCAGCCUGCAGCACAACGGCCGGCAGCACGGGAAGACCGACGGCGUCUGCUUCAACACGCUGGUGGCUCUAAAACCCGACCGCGUCCAACGCAACGAGGAUGGGGAGAAGGUGGAGUGGACGGAAACGGGACAGCCGCCUCCUGUGGAAAACCCUCGCUACGUCUGGUUUGAAGUCCAGAAACAGACACUGAAAGAGAAACUAGUGGAAAUGACCAAAAACACUUCGAUCCUACCGAUCCACAGUCUGUACUGACCAACAUCACCUUCAACCUGAGAGACAAUACAGUUCAGUUUUUUCUGAUUGGUUCCUUCACUGUUCAUCAGAGGCCACAUGUUGAACUUUACAGCAGACAGCAGAGACACACAAACACACAGAGAUAAAAACACUAACAACAGGCAGCACAUGAGGAUCUUUACAUUACAUCACUGUUUGAUUGACUAUAGUUUUAACGGUUGAUAGUUUAGAAAUAAGGUGCAUGAGCCCAGUUUUCCACAGUAGGUAUAACCAAUAAACAACCAAAUAUUUGCUGCAGGCUGACAUUCACAAGAACUAAAUAGAUCAUGUGUCAAAAAUAACUUUCAAUAUUCAUAACAAACAACAAGCUUUAACUGCACAAACUAGUAUUAAUCUAAAUGAUAAUCAGCCUUCAUUUAUUUACAGAAACACUAAAAGAAAAAAUCUAAAUAUAUUACAGCGUGGAGGGGGUUUACAUUAGCUUAGAGCUCCCCCUAGUGGCUGAAAGUGAAAACUGCUCUCCAGUAGAUGUUAAUGAACCCUUCAUACUAAACUACGCAGCUCAGCUCUUGAUUUAAGGUUUUCCACAGCACAAAGGUCGAAGUUAGUUCCUGCAAAUGAUUAUUCAGUUAUUCAGUUUUAAUGACUCAUCCCUCGUAGAAAUGUGUAUAUUGUGUAAAUACAGUCAGAUGUGUAGCUCUCUAUAGAAAUGGACUACUGUGUUUUCUACAGCAGGAAAGCUUUCAGUGGGCUUUAUUUCUGACAGCACGUCUUGUUUUUUAGUUGAAUGUAGAUUUAUUUCAGUGAGGUUAUGAUCAGUAUGAAAAUAUAAGAUGAGUUUUGUUGCUUGUUAGUGUUUGAAUGGGAAAAGUAUUGAGGAUAUUUGAAGCUUUCUGUAUGACAACUAUGCAUACGUGUCACAGUUUGAUCCUUACUUGUG